CCUCCACUCUCAACUCCAAAAUCUCAUUCCAAAAAAAAAUAAAUAAAAUUAGAAUUUUCUCUUCACCAUGGGAACUUACAAAGUUUUCUUGAUUUUCUUCCUCAAUUUUUUUCAUCUAUCAAUAGCCAAAAAUCUUCAAGAAAACAACACCCUUUCACUUUCUUUCCCUCUUACAACAACCCCUUUAUCUCAAAAUUCAACUUUGAAAUCAAAUUAUUUAUUUUCAUCUAAAGCCAUGACAAAUAAUAUUAUCCCAUCUUUGAACUAUAAAUCAAAUUUCAAAUAUUCAAUGGCUCUUAUUGUUACACUUCCUAUAGGGACACCUCCACAAGAUCAACAAAUGGUUUUAGAUACCGGUAGUCAACUUUCUUGGAUUCAAUGUAACAAAAAAUUACCUAAAAAAACACCUCCAACAACGUUUGAUCCAUCUCUAUCCUCCUCUUUUUCCGUUUUACCUUGUAACCACCCUCUAUGUAAACCGCGAAUUCCCGAUUUUACCCUUCCAACAUCAUGUGACCAAAAUCGUCUUUGUCACUACUCUUACUUCUACGCUGAUGGUACUUUAGCUGAGGGUAAUCUCGUAAGAGAAAAAAUUACAUUUCCAAAUUCCCAAACUACCCCUCCUUUGAUCCUAGGUUGCGCGACCGAAUCGCGCGAUGCGGAGGGUAUUUUGGGAAUGAAUCUUGGGAGGUACUCAUUUGUCUCACAAGCUAAGGUGCAAAAAUUCUCUUAUUGUGUGCCACAUAAGCAAGGUAAUAAAAUAAUGCCAAGUGGAACAUUUUACCUAGGUCAAAAUCCUAAUUCACAUAGGUUCCAAUACAUAAAUCUUUUGACUUUUCCUCAAAGUCAAAGCAUGCCUAAUAUGGACCCUCUAGCUUACACUCUUGGUAUGGUAGGGAUAAAAAUGGGCGGGAAAAGGUUGAAUAUCUCCGAAAAGGUUUUCCGUCCGGACGCUGGUGGUUCAGGACAGACGAUGAUUGAUUCAGGCACUCAAUACACGUUUUUGGUUGAGGAGGCGUACAGUAAAGUUAGGGAUGAAGUUGUUAGGUUGGUAGGUCCGAAAUUGAAGAAGGGGUACGUUUAUGGAGAAUCGCUCGAUAUGUGCUUUGAUGCUAUAAAUUCCGUACAAGCUAGUCAAGCGAUAGGCGAUAUGACGUUAGAAUUUGAAAAUGGAGUUGAGAUCGUGAUAAAUAAAGAGAAUGUGUUGGAUGAUGUAGGUGGAGGAGUUCAUUGUGUUGGGAUUGGAAGAUCACAAUCACUUGGAAUUGCAAGUAAUAUUAUUGGUAAUUUUCAUCAACAAAAUUUGUGGGUUGAAUUUGAUUUGAGUAAUAAAAGAGUUGGUUUUGGUAAAGUAGAGUGUAAGUAGGGUACUAUAACUAGUGUUAGUGAGUAGUUGUUGUCACAUAUUAUUGGUGCUUUGUUUGGAGUACAUAUAUUAAUUGAAAAACUUUUUGAAAUAAAAAAAAAUUGUAUAUGUUAAUCUAGAGGAGUUGUUGGGGUUUUGUGUAAAUAAAAUAUUUUCUUUGAUAUAAUAGAAAAUUACAUAUUUAAUGUACACUGUGUAAAUGUAAUGAGUUGGUUUUUAGUUUAUGUCAUCAAAUUUUGUUAA